CCCCGCCCCCCAAAGCGCCGGAAGUGGAGUGUGGACUCGGGCUGCGUGCUGACCGUGUCUGCGGCUGCGAACCGCACCGGUCGGGGGACGUUUCCCCGCAGCGCGGGCGGCCCUGGUCCACUCGGGCUCCGCGGUCCGGAGGGCACCAUGGACGACAAGGAGCUAAUUGAAUAUUUUAAGUCCCAGAUGAAGGAAGAUCCUGACAUGGCCUCAGCAGUAGCCGCCAUCCGGACUUUGCUGGAAUUCUUGAAGAGAGAUAAAGGGGAGACCAUCCAGGGCCUGAGAGCAAACCUCACCAGUGCCAUAGAAACCCUGUGUGGCGUGGACUCCUCUGUGGCCGUGUCCUCAGGCGGGGAGCUCUUCCUACGCUUUAUUAGCCUCACCUCCUUGGAAUACUCGGAUUACUCUAAAUGUAAAAAGAUCAUGAUUGAGCGGGGAGAACUUUUUCUCAGGAGAAUAUCCCUAUCGAGAAAUAAAAUUGCAGAUCUGUGCCAUACUUUCAUCAAAGAUGGGGCGCGAAUAUUAACUCACGCCUACUCCAGAGUGGUCCUGAGAGUUUUGGAGGCAGCAGUGGUGGCUAAGAAGCGUUUCAAGGUGUACAUUACAGAGUCACAGCCUGAUUUAUCAGGGCAAAAAAUGGCCAAAGCUCUCUGCCACCUCAACGUCCCUGUCACUGUGGUCCUAGAUGCUGCUGUUGGCUACAUCAUGGAGAAAGCGGAUCUUGUCAUAGUUGGCGCUGAAGGGGUUGUUGAAAACGGGGGCAUCAUUAACAAGAUUGGAACCAACCAGAUGGCCGUGUGCGCCAAAGCACAGAACAAGCCUUUUUAUGUGGUUGCAGAAAGUUUCAAGUUUGUACGGCUCUUCCCACUAAACCAGCAAGAUGUCCCAGAUAAGUUUAAGUAUAAGGCAGAUACCCUGAAGUCUGUGCAGACCGAACAGGAUCUCAAAGAGGAGCACCCGUGGGUGGACUACACGUCUCCUUCCUUGAUAACGCUGCUCUUUACAGACCUGGGGGUGUUGACACCCUCAGCGGUCAGCGACGAGCUCAUCAAGUUGUAUCUGUAACCGCUGGACCCUUCCCUGCUGGUGCAGCUGAGGCACUUAGGGUGGGGCACUUUCCAGAAACACAAAUUAGAUUACUGGCUACUUAUCCAGUGAAAGACCUGCCCAAGCCCACCUCCCUUCUUCCCUGCACUCCAGACUGAUUUGCUACAAGCAUCAAAGAGAUGCAGGCCUUCCUGUGCAGCCAGGCGCCCCUUCAGGAACUAAUAGCUGCCUGGGACACACAUUACGUACGGCGCCUCGUGAGAAAGGCUAGAAACCAUGUUCAGUUCUCAUCAGGCUUCCAGCGGUGAACACGAGCCAGGGACUGCCAUCCCCUCAUCGGUCUGGGGGCAGACAGAAUGGAAACGAGCAAGAGAACCCGAGGAAGGCAGAAACGGCAUUUAGCAGGAGCAUCCUAUAUGGCUCAUCACGUAUGAAGACCUUCCGGAACGUUUAUAACCUGAAAUUCUGCAUCUGUGAAAGAUGUGAAUCUCCUUUAGAUGUUGUUUGUGCCUGAACAGCUUUUUAAAAUUGUACUUGGGGACAAAUCGAGCAUCUUUUCAAAUAAAUUCUAUGAAGGGUUUUGA